AUGGUCUUCUCAACCUGCUUCAACGGGUAUGAUGCAGGGAUCAUGACGGUUAUUCUGGCCGACAAGCAAUUCAUGGAAUACUAUAACAUCGAUGAAAACAGAUCUGGUCUUGUUGCAACGAUACCAUGGGCCAUGACAGGUAAUUUCGAGAUCUCCGACUGCAUUGAGGUCACGGCCAGAGUCGUCGAGGUUGUUCCAAACAACUUUGGAGUCCUAAUCCUGGGAAGACUUGUAACAGGUCUAGGUUUCGGGUGCGUCUAUAUUGCCACGAACCUCUACGUCGCGGAAUGUGCACCCACCAAACUUCGAGGCAGCUUCGUCGGAACGGUCGCGCAAUUCGGCUACCAACUAGGAAGUUUGAUUGCUUUCUGGACUGGGUACGGAAUGUCCUUCCACAAGUCACCCUAUAAUAUUGCCUGGCGUGUGUCGAACAUUGUCCAAAUCCCUAUUGGUCUGGCGUUUGUCGCGAUCUCGUUCUGGUACCCUGAAAGCCCACGAUUUGUGCUCGAGAAAUACCCCGAGACCCCUGAGCGGGCUCUUAAAGUCCUUAGUCGGCUGCGAUCUGGAGCACCAACGGACGAACGUAUCCGUACCGAGUUCCAUGAAUUAGUGGCCUCGUACGAGUUCCGCCGUCGCUAUGAGACGGGCUAUGUUGGUCUUCUCAAAGAUAAGACUAUGCGCAAGCGGCUGUGGUAUGAUCUUUAUGCUGCAGGUCUCCAGCAGCGCUCUGUUGAAAAAUUCGGUCGCCGGGGUCUCCUGCUUGCAGGAUUUGCGAUCCAAUCACUGGCUCUCUUGAUCAUGUCUUGUCUGACCACUGCUUUCCCGUCAAAAGGCAACAAAGCUGCUGCUAUUGUUGAAAUUGCUAUGCUUUUCAUUGUUGGGUUGACCUAUUGCUGGUCCAUUGGACCCAUUGCACCAACGGUGGUUACAGAGAUCUUUCCUCGGCAUGUGAGAGACAAGGGAUUUGGUCUUUCGAUGCUUGGUCAGACAUGCUGGCUGAUUCUACUCACACAAUCUUGGCCCUCCUUCAAUAAUAAAGUCGGUGACCACAGUUAUUGGCUCCUGUUUGGCUUGAAUUUGGCCGCUGGCAUCUCGGUUUAUUUCAUCCUUCCCGAGACCAAAGGCGUGUCCCUCGAGAGAAUGGACAAGAUCUUCGAAGGACCUGAUAAUGUCGAAGCCGGAGAAUUCGAGGGAACUUCCGAAAAACGUGAAGCGAUGGCCGUCAUGGACAAAGGAGACAAAGCGCCAACCGCUUAUGUAGAGGACGCGUCUCCAGCUCGUUCAUCUCAGGGACCGGAGAGAUCUUCUGUUUGA